AUGACAACUUCUCCGACCAGGACAAAACAAAAAUUGUCUCUUCGAAAGCGGUUAUUUGUUAAAAAAUCGCCAAAAGUUGGUUGUUAUGUUGAUACUGAUUCUAAUGAUGAAUUCAAUCAGUCGUCAUCACGUCCGAUGUCUCCAGCAGAUCCAUUCCUUGCACAAAGUGCUAACAAUAUUGAAACUAACGUAGAGAAUUUAAAAAGUUGUAAAACAGCUGGCUGUGAACAAUCUUCUCCUGAAGCUCAUAUAAACCCUGAUGAUCUCCAAAACGACGACGAAAAAAACUCGAAAUGUUGCAGAAAACUAUUUAGACGUUCCCGCCCAAAAAGUCUUGUCGAGGCACAAUCCCUAAAAGAUGAGACACAUUCAAGACCAGAGAGUCCUGUUAAUAAUUCUAGUAAUAGUUUAAGUGACCAUACUCUAUCUUGUACUAAAAGUGAGGAGAUACCGAAAGCAACUGUGUGUUUUUCUAAAUGUGAUGAUUCAAAGAAAAGCUUUGAACAUUCAGGUUCAUUUGAGGGUAUUAAGCCUAAAAGUAAGUUAUUUGUGAAAAGAUUGUCAGCUGAUCACUUAAUAUCAAGUGAUACAAAACCAUUGUACCAUUCUUCUUCACCUGAAAGUGAUAGAAGCAGUUCUUUGGACCGUAAAAGGAGAGCCAAGUCAACAAUCACAAGGUCAUCACACACUGGAAGCACAGAUAGCUUGGCUCGUAAUUCAUUGCUUGCUGCACAAGUGCUACGUCUCAUACCAACACAAGAAGCAAAGCAAAGGAACUAUUUAUAUGGAAGGUUAGCAUCCAAUUCACUUUUAGGGACAGCAGAAUUGGAGCAUGUAUUUCCAGAUCGAGAGGUAAAGAUUUUUGUUGGAACAUGGAAUAUGAAUGGGCAAUCUCCACCAAGAGAACUUGCAGAUUUUAUAUUUCCCGAUGAAGUUAAGCAUGUGCCAGACAUAUUUGCAAUUGGAACACAAGAAUCAUAUUCAGAAAGAACUGAAUGGGAAAUUACUAUUCAAGAAGUUUUGGGUCCAUCACAUUUGUUAUUACACUCUUAUUACUUAGGUACAAUACACUUGACAAUUUUUAUACGAAGAGACCUUAUAUGGUUCUGCUCGUUACCUGAAGAUGCUAGUCUCUCAGUCCGUCCGGGAACAGCAUUUCGUACCAAGGGGGCUGUGGCGAUAUCGUUUGCGCUUUUUGGCUCCACUUUUCUCUUUGUAACCGCCCAUUUGACGGCCCAUCAGGAAAAAGUGAAAGAAAGAUUGUCAGACAUAAAAAGGAUUAUACGUUCAAUAGAUUUACCAAAGAAUUUGCCUUGUCGGCAUAGAAGUAAAGAUGUAACCAACAAUUUUGAUUAUGUAUUUUGGUGUGGGGACUUGAACUUCAGACUGGGUGAGCCGAGAGCAGCUGUUUUAAGAUGGAUCGAACAAACACAGUUUCCCCUCCCACCUCACUUACCCCACGGGCUAUUACACGCAGAUCAACUUACGGUCGUUUUGGAAGAUGGAGCCGCUUUUAGGGACUUCAGAGAGGCGCCUAUCAGAUUUCCGCCUACGUAUAAGUAUGAUCCGGGGAGUCAAAAGUUUGAUACGUCAAGUAAGCAACGGGCACCGGCAUACACGGACAGGAUAUUGUUCAAAGCAAAGUCUAUGGCUGGAAAUUCGUCGGCUGGUUUCGCAGGUCUUCGACGCCUCAGUGCAAUGCCAGUUACAGCUAGUUUGAAAUGUAUAGCAUACAAUUCCGUUCAAUCAAUAUGCACAAGCGACCACAAACCUGUGUGGGGGCUAUUCUCGGCUGCUCUUAGACCUGGCACUGAUGUAGUGCCCUUAGCAGCUGGUCUCUUCAAUCGGGAAGUCUAUCUCGAGGGAAUCAAACGCCGACGGGCGCUUCUAGACCACGCCCCAGGUACUUCAGCAGUAUGUUCCAUACAGUGA